AUGCCGCAUAAGCACACACGGCGAGACCAGGACGAGUCGACUUUCGACCUCCCUCCAACGCAGCUCGCGAAACCGCUCCCCCCAACAACCAUCUCCAAGAAGAAGGCGGCCGAAAAGAAGACCGACGAUGCCCAGAAGAAAAAUGGCCAAAAAAGGAAACGGGGAGGAAAAGACGCCGACGAUGCGCCCCGCGCGUUCAAGCGCCUAAUGGCAUUCGCCAGCGGCAAACCACAACGGUCCGGUCUCGACAACGGCGAUGCCCCGGUAAAAGGCAAGGGAAAGAAGAAGAACAAGAACCAGUCGGAAGCCAAGCCCACAGACACAACAAAAACCACAGCAACGGCUGCAGCGACAACGGCCAAAGCACCAGCCUCCGACCCGACCCCGAAAGAGGACCUGAAAAUCCGCCCCGGCGAGCGCAUCUCCGAAUUCAAUCAGCGCGUCGACGCUGCCCUGCCCAUUAGUGGUCUGGUGAACAAGACGGUGAAGAACGGCAAGGACCCGCUCGGGCUCAAGGUGAAGCGCACCAAGAAGGAACGCAAGAUGCACAACAUGUACGCUCGAGUGGCGUGA